AUGAAUAUACACUCUAUCGCAGGACGGCAUGGCUCCUACACAACGCAGUUUUUUCGCCCUUCCAAAUCCCCUUUUCCCACACGCGCGGCCAUGCUCAAGGCGCAUAGCCUAAAAGCCCUGAAUCGUCGUUUAGUGAUUCCAAUCGACACCAAUAAUUGGAUGCGCGCGUUGGAGAUCGUUUACGCAAAGUACGCAAUUCUCGGUCGAACCCCUCAGCACUUUCAAUCCAUUCUUCGAGGUCUUAUUCAACAAUCGACUACUUCUUCACACCAACUGAAGGAGCAUUCGGAUAUUAUCUCGCGGAUUCGUGGGGAGGCCUACGCAGGCGAAAUUCCAACCAAUAGCUCGCUAUGGAUCACCUUGUUGUGGGCGCAUUGCGCGUUGGACGACGUGGAGAACGCGCUGGAGUGUUAUGCGCAGGCGGCCCGGCGAGAAGAAUUUUCUUUCCAGACGAAAAAACACAUGGCGGGGAUGCUUCUCGAACUGCUCAGCCGGCAUGGCCGCUUGGAGGCCGCGGAGGAUCUCGUCAGGGGGGUUUCUGAGGCGGCAAAGGCUCAAAAAGAACGCGAAAGGGAUGAAUCGAAACGUUGGGGGAACCCCGGGCUUGAUCCGGAACGCGUUCAUCGAUUGCUGGCAGAGGCGGCGGCACGCCAGGGGAAUUGGCGAAAAUCGCUCGAGGAGCUCUCCACAAUAUCUUCUUCGUCAAACACGGUAGAUUCUUCUUCCGUUAUUAGCGCGUUAUUUCAGCCUCAAGAGGAUGGAAGCGCAUUUUUAAACACUUCGGGAAAACCCCAAAAGGACGAAAGAGGAGAACGAAAAUCUUCGGCAUCGCCUUUUGCUUGCUUAUCACGCGAGGCGCUACGUCGCCUUUUUCACGCCCUCGCACUUACUAACGAUAAACAAGAAGAAAUGUUAAACUGCUGGAAAGAACUUUACGGCAGUUGGGAGAAAUCGAAUCCUAAUAAUAAUAUGGAAAAGGAUUUUCCUCCUGCGGAGGAUGUACAAUAUCUUCUUAACGGUUUUGCCCUAAACAAGCGCUUUGAGGAUGUUCUUUCGGCCUUUACUGUUUACUAUUUAGGGUGCCCGGGUGAUCACUACACACGAGUUCUUACGAUGGGAAAUAAAACGAAAAAAGAAAAGGGGAAAGGCAUAUCAAGCUGGGAAGGUGCGGAAGUGUCCUCUCAUCUCCCGUUAGAUCCCGUCGCUCUUAAUCUAGUGUUUUCCAGCUUUCCACGUGAGGAGUUUACCUAUAAAAUUUCGUCGUCGUCUUAUUGUGGUCUUUUACCACCACAUUUAAAACUCGAAAGGCCUCUUCAUUCGGAAUUAAUUAUUUCCUUAUUUAAUGAUCUUAUCAGUCGAGAUGAUAUGAUAAUGACAGAUUACAUUUUAAAUGGCGUAGGAUUUGCAUUAGUGGAAACAGGAGAAGUCAAGCGUGCGCUGCGGCUACUACACGGGGCCUCAAUUUUUUCAUCCUCAACCACAAAAAGAAAUAUCAACGCCGCAGAGCGUAAUAUUCAGCGUCGCUUAAUCGAUCUUAUAUUUUAUAUUUAUCAUUCCUCCGGGCAAGACAUAAAAAAUCUCGCGCUGGUCGACUUCCCUCAGCUUUUCCCGAAUGAAUUACGACUACGCCGCGAACUCUCUCCCCCACCUCAAGAGGAUGUUCGCAAAGAAGAACACCCUAUCACAGCGGCUUCUUCUUCUUCUUCAGAACAAAAUAAAAAUGAUUUAUCCUUUCAUCAACCUUCGGAGCUAUUAAGCGAUGAGGAGAGAAUCCACGGUAUAUUAAAAAAUCGGUUACCGAGCUCCAUACGCCCUUCCCGGCAUCAUUACUUCCCGCCGCGCUCAACUUCACUUCUUACAGAACUUCAGGAGCUCCGCAUGGCGGAUGAUUUUGCCGCCAUCCAUCGUGAAAAUAAUAAUCCUGAAAAGCAUAAUACUUAUUGGAAGGAUGCGGAAAAGGAUCCUCGUCCGAUACCGAAAGGACUUCACGAUCACGCAAGUGGGUGGGAUUUUUACGGCCGUGGUGGAGAGAUGGUUUUCAACAAUCAUCGCCGUAUUCCGCAUCCUUUUAGCAUGCACCCGAAGGUCAUGCGGGCGCUUGGGAACCCCUACAGGGGAUGGAACCCACGGCAAAAUAGUUGUCUUGCGCAUAAGGAAAACGUAAUUAAGUGGAAUAAAAAGAGUGCGGUUUGA